GCUUCCUUCCAACAUGGCGCAGCUAGGCAGGUUGCUAAUGGCAAUCUGAGGGAUUUACCCCACCUUCUGUCUUUAUUUAUGUCUGUAUGUUAGGGCCACUGCCGCUGUCCUCUCGAAUAGAACACAUCGGUCUGGAACGGCUGCUGCCCUUGGGACAGGUACUACUCCUCGCCCCAAUUCCGGUACGCCAUGUAUGAGGGCAAAAAGACGAAAAACAUGUUUUUAACCAGAGCUUUGGAGAAGAUCCUGGCCGAUAAAGAGGUUAAAAAGGCUCACCAUUCGCAAUUGCGAAAAGCCUGCGAGGUGGCACUAGAGGAAAUAAAGGAAGAGUCUGAAAAAUUAAGUCCGCCUCCAGACAGCAAAUCAGAUUCUAGCACUCUUCCGCCAAUCAAAUCAAAGACCAGCUUCGUCGAGGCCGACAAGUACUUCCUGCCGUUUGAGUUGGCAUGUCAGUCCAAAUGUCCCCGCAUUGUCAUCACAUCACUAGACUGUUUACAGAAGCUGAUAGCGUACGGCCACCUGACAGGCAGCGGUCCAGACAGCGCAGCCCCAGGCAAGAAGCUCAUCGACAGGAUCAUCGAGACCAUCUGUGGCUGCUUCCAGGGACCCCAGACAGAUGAAGGGGUGCAGCUACAGAUCAUUAAGGCCCUGUUGACGGCGGUGACCUCCCAACACAUAGAGAUUCACGAGGGCACGGUGCUGCAGGCGGUCAGGACCUGCUACAACAUCUACCUAGCCAGCAAGAACCUGAUCAACCAGACCACGGCCAAGGCCACGCUCACGCAGAUGCUCAACGUCAUCUUCGCCCGCAUGGAGAACCAGGCACUUACAAAUCACAAGAUAUCUUGGUCUCUGGGUCCCAGAAAACGUGACCGCCAGCACCAAGAGGCCAAGCAGAUGGAGAGGGAGAAGCACCGGCAGCACUCCCCAGUCACCCAGCAACAGGAACAGGAACAAGACUCGCUCCAGCAGCACACCUAUCCCACAGCCAAGGGCCUUCCUCGUGAGGCCAACGGCCCCACCACCCCCUCUACACCCACGCCCACCUCCACUCCCUCCACACCUACACCUGCCCCGGCCCCUAAGGGCAGCGCAGCUGGGGCAGGGGACCCCCAGGAGGGCCAGGGGGCCACGGAGGAGGAGCAGGCAUUGCAGGGGGAACAGGGGGAGGUUUAUGAGAGCACAGACCCAGAGAAUGGAUCUGAGUUCAGCACAGCAGAGAACCACCAGACAGAGGCAGACCAGCCCACAGGGUUGGGUGCCGCUCAGCGUGAUCAGGAAGCAGUAGAGGAGGGGGAGGAGCCUAACUAUGAGGAGAAAACCCAGGAAAUCGUCCAGAGCAUCCUACAGGAGGUCGUCAACACCGUUGUUGGAGAUGCCAUGGAGUCCGCUGGUGAGACCGAGCUGCCCACAGAGGUCACGGAACCUGCUAAGGUCAUCAAUGAGGCCAUCACCAAGGCAACAGCGAUCGCAGAGAUGGUAGACGACGAGGGGGACAGCGAGAACGUCCACGCCAACGGAAUCCCCGGCACGCCCAUCUCUGCCAGCUUCCCUCCGUCACUGCCCGAUGACAGGCUGUCUGUCUCCUCUAAUGAUACACAGGAGUCGGGAGCCACCACAGGCCCAGUACCAGGUGCUAAGUUCUCCCAUAUUCUCCAGAAGGACGCCUUCCUAGUGUUUAGAUCGCUCUGCAAGCUGUCCAUGAAGCCUCUGUCAGAUGGUCCCCCAGACCCAAAGUCCCACGAGCUGCGCUCCAAGGUGCUGUCCCUCCAGCUGCUGCUGUCCAUCCUGCAGAACGCUGGGCCCAUCUUCAAGACCAACGAGAUGUUCAUCAACGCCAUCAAGCAGUACCUGUGUGUGGCGCUGUCCAAGAACGGCGUCUCCUCUGUCCCCGAGGUCUUCUCGCUCUCGCUGUCCAUCUUCCUCACCCUCCUCUCCCACUUCAAGACCCACCUCAAGAUGCAGAUCGAGGUGUUCUUCAAGGAGAUUUUCCUGUAUAUUCUGGAGACGUCAACAAGCUCCUACGACCAUAAAUGGAUGGUUAUACAGACCCUAACCAGAAUAUGUGCAGAUGCCCAGGGUGUGGUGGAUAUCUAUGUGAAUUAUGAUUGUGACUUGAAUGCUGCUAAUAUCUUUGAGAGGCUGGUGAAUGACCUGUCGAAGAUCGCACAGGGCCGGGCAGGCCACGAGCUCGGCACAACACCACUCCAGGAGUUGACCCUGAGGAAGAAAGGCCUGGAGUGUCUGGUGUCCAUCUUGAAGUGUAUGGUGGAGUGGAGUAAGGACCAGUAUGUCAACCCCAACUCCCAGACCAGCCUUGGUCAGGAGAAGCCCUCGGAGCAGGAGACCAAUGAGACGAAGGCCCCAGAGACCAUCAACCGCUACGGAAGCAUCAACUCGCUGGACUCAACAGCCUCGUCCGGCAUUGGGAGCUACAGUACACAGAUGUCAGGGACAGACAACCCCGAGCAGUUUGAGGUUCUCAAACAACAGAAGGAGAUCAUCGAGCAGGGCAUUGACCUGUUCAACAAGAAACCAAAGAGGGGCAUUCAGUACCUCCAGGAGCAAGGUAUGCUGGGAACCACCCCGGAGGACCUCGCUCAGUUCCUGCACCAGGAGGAGAGGCUGGACUCGACUCAGGUGGGUGAGUUCCUGGGGGACAAUGAUCGCUUCAAUAAAGAGGUCAUGUAUGCCUACGUGGACCAGAUGGACUUCCAGGGCAAAGACUUUGUCUACGCUCUCAGAACAUUCCUCGAGGGCUUCCGUCUCCCGGGAGAGGCUCAGAAGAUCGACAGGCUCAUGGAGAAAUUUGCUGCUAGAUAUCUGGAAUGCAAUCAGGGGCAAACUGAGUUUGCAAGUGCAGACACUGCCUAUGUCCUUGCCUAUUCAAUCAUUAUGUUGACAACAGACCUUCAUAGUCCGCAGGUUAAGAACAAGAUGACUAAAGAACAAUACAUCAAGAUGAACAGAGGGAUCAACGACAGCAAGGAUCUACCGGAGGAGUAUCUGUCGGCCAUCUACGACGAGAUCGCAGGGAAGAAGAUCGCUAUGAAGGGGACCAAGGAAAUGACUCUGAAAUCCAACAAGCACAGUGUGGCCAGUGAGAAACAGCGGCGGCUACUGUAUAACGUAGAGAUGGAGCAGAUGGCUAAGACAGCCAAGGCCCUGAUGGAGGCUGUCAGUCACGUCCAGGCUCCCUUCACCAGCGCCACACACCUGGAGCACGUCAGACCCAUGUUCAAGCUGGCCUGGACUCCGUUCCUAGCAGCCUUCAGCGUGGGCCUCCAGGACUGUGACGACACUGAGGUGGCUUUUCUCUGUCUGGAGGGAAUACGCUUUGCUAUCCGGAUAGCCUGCAUCUUCACCAUACAGCUUGAGCGGGAUGCGUAUGUGCAGGCCCUGGCACGGUUCACCCUGCUCACAGCCAGCUCUGGCAUCACUGAGAUGAAGCAGAAGAACAUCGACACCAUCAAGACUCUCAUCACCGUCGCCCACACAGACGGAAACUACCUGGGCAACUCCUGGCACGAGAUAAUGAAGUGUAUCAGUCAGCUGGAACUGGCCCAGCUGAUCGGGACGGGGGUGAAGGCCAGGUACAUCUCAGGGACGGUUCGGGGGAAAGAGGGCUUCAUCAGCAGCACCAAGGAGCAGAGCAACGAUGAAUACCUGGGCCUGGCAGGUGGGACAGUAGACCGGAAGCAGAUCCUCAGUAUCCAGGAGUCCAUAGGAGAGACCAGCUCCCAGAGUGUGGUGGUGGCUGUAGACAGAAUAUUCACAGGUUCUACCAGACUGGAUGGUAAUGCAAUUGUGGACUUUGUGCGCUGGUUGUGUGCUGUGUCUAUGGAUGAGCUGGCCUCGCCCACACACCCCCGCAUGUUCAGCCUGCAGAAGAUAGUGGAGAUCUCCUACUACAACAUGGGACGUAUCAGACUGCAGUGGUCCAGGAUCUGGGAGGUCAUUGGAGACCACUUCAACAAGGUUGGAUGUAACCCCAAUGAGGAUGUAGCUAUCUUUGCCGUGGAUUCUCUCCGGCAGCUGUCCAUGAAGUUUCUGGAGAAGGGAGAGCUGGCGAACUUCAGAUUCCAGAAGGACUUUCUGAGGCCUUUCGAGCACAUCAUGAAAAAGAACAGAUCUCCAACGAUCAGGGACAUGGUGGUGCGCUGUAUAGCCCAGAUGGUCAACUCACAGGCGGGGAACAUCCGGUCAGGCUGGAAGAACAUCUUCUCAGUGUUCCACCUGGCUGCCUCGGACCAGGAUGAGAGCAUCGUAGAGCUAGCCUUCCAGACGACGGGCCACAUCAGCAUGAAUGUAUUUGAGAAGCACUUCCCAGCCACCAUAGACUCCUUCCAGGAUGCAGUCAAGUGUCUGUCUGAGUUCGCCUGCAACGCCUCCUUCCCCGACACCAGCAUGGAGGCCAUCCGUCUCAUCCGCCACUGCGCCAAAUACGUCUCUGACAGGCCUCAGGCAUUCAAAGACUACACCAGCGAUGACAUGAAUGUAGUCCCAGAGGACCGGGUGUGGGUGAGGGGCUGGUUCCCCAUCCUCUUUGAGCUGUCCUGCAUCAUCAACAGGUGCAAACUGGACGUCAGGACCAGGGGUCUGACGGUGAUGUUUGAGGUGAUGAAGACCUAUGGACACACCUUUGAGAAGCACUGGUGGCAGGAUCUGUUCAGGAUCGUCUUCAGGAUCUUUGACAACAUGAAGCUGCCUGAGCAGCAAACUGAGAAAGCAGAGUGGAUGACGACGACCUGUAACCACGCACUUUACGCCAUCUCUGACGUGUUCACGCAGUACUUUGAGACUCUCAGUGACGUCCUGCUGGAUGACAUCCUGUCCCAACUGUACUGGUGUGUUCAGCAAGAUAAUGAGCAGUUGGCCCGGUCAGGCACCAACUGUCUGGAGAACGUGGUCAUCCUGAAUGGAGAGAAGUUUACUCCGGAGACCUGGGACAAGACCUGUAACUGCAUGCUGGACAUCUUCAAGACCACCAUCCCACACGCACUGUUGACAUGGAGACAAGCAGGAGCAGAGGGAGAUCCCAUGACACCACAGGAUGGAUCAGACAAACAGCUGGACUCAAUUUCCCAGAAGUCAGUGGACAUCCAGUCCCGUUCCGAGGACCAGCAUUCCAUCAACAGUGCGGAGAGGAUUGCCAUGGAGACCCGGCGGCAGAGUCAGUACAGCGCAGGCAUGUGUGAGGACAGCCCCAGAACCCAGACUCCAACAAAGAUCCAGGAGCAGAGGUUAUUCUCAGGCUUGCUCAUUAAGUGUGUGGUACAGUUGGAGCUGAUCCAGACCAUAGACAACAUGGUCUUCUUCCCUGCAACCAGCAGGAAGGAGGAUGCUGAGAACCUGGCUGCUGCGCAGAGAGAUGCUCUGGACGCGGCAGACGUCCGUGUCGAGACUCAGGACCAGGGAAUGUACCGCUACCUGACCUCAGAACAGCUGUUUAAGCUGCUGGACUGCCUGUUGGAGUCCCACCGCUUCGCCAAGGCCUUCAACUCUAGCAACGAGCAGAGGACCACUCUAUGGAAGGCAGGUUUUAAAGGGAAGUCGAAGCCCAAUCUGCUGAAGCAGGAGACCAGCAGUCUGGCGUGUGGCCUAAGGAUCCUGUUCCGGAUGUACACUGACAACAGCCGUCAGACCGCCUGGGAGGAAGUCCAGAGACGGCUGCUUAAUGUGUGCAGUGAGGCAGUAGCCUACUUCCUGACUCUAACAUCAGAGAGCCACAGAGAAGCCUGGACCAACCUGCUGCUCCUCUUCCUCACCAAGGUCCUGAAGAUCAGUGACGGCAGGUUCAAGGCCCAUGCGUCCAGGUACUAUCCUCUGCUGUGUGAGAUCAUGCAGGUUGAUCUAAUCCCAGAACUGCGGGCCGUGCUGCGGAAGUUCUACCUACGCAUCGGCAUCGUGUUCCAGAUCGCCCAGCUGCCUGAACCACCUGCAGAACCAGAACCAGAGCUGGAAGUUGAGGUGGAGAGGGGGGAGGUGGCUGGAGAGGAAGCCCAGUGAUGUUGCACUUGUAGCGGGCUGGCUGCGAGACCUCUGACUAGGGAAGCCUGGAGUUCUGGAAGUCCUCCUCCCCUCUUGCCUUGGGUUUGUCUACCAACCCUUUAGGACUAUGGUCUCCCAUCCCCCAGGGUACUAUGAAGGGUGCAUCUGACCAGACUUCACCCUUCUGGAUUUGGCAGUUACCCAGAAUCCCCAACUAACGAUACAGGAAACUCCAAGGUGUCUCUACUGUGAACCUGACUGGUCAUGUGACAGAAAAUGCCAACUCCCAUAUACACUACAUGGCUAAAAGUAUGUGGACAAGUACUCGUCGAACAUGUCAUUGCAAAAUCAUGGGCAUUUAUAUGGAGUUGGUCCCCCCUUUGCUGCUAUAACAGCCUCCACUCUUCUGGCAAGACUUUCCACUAGAUGUUGGAACAUUGUUGUGAAGACUUGCUUCCAUUCAGCCACAAGAGUAUUGGUGAGGUUGGGUGCUGAUGUUGGGCGAUUAGGCCUGGCUCGCAGUCAGCGUUCCAAUUCAUCCCAAAGGUGUUUGAUGGGGUUGAAGUCAGGGCUCUGUGCAGGCCAGUCAAGUUCUUCCACAAUGAUCUCGACAAACCAUUUCUGUAUGGACCUCACUUUGUGCACAGGGGCAUUGUCAUGCUGAAACAGGAAAGGGCCUUCCCCAAACUGUUUCCACAGAAUCGUCUAGAAUGUAAUUGUAUGCUGUAGUGUUAAGAUUUUCCUUCACUGGAACUAAGGGGCCUAGCCUGAACCAUGAAAAAGCCUCAGACCAUUAUUCCUCCUCCACCAAACUUUUCAGUUGGCACUGCUUUGGGACAGGUAGCCUCCUCCUGGCAUCCGCCAAACCCAGAUUCGUCCUUCGGACUGCCAGAUGGUGAAGUGUGAUUCAUCACUCCAGAGAACGCGUUUCCACUGCUGCAGAGUCCAAUGGAGGUGAGCUUUACACCACUCCAGCCGACAAUUGGCAUUGCUCAUGAUGAUCUUAGACUUGUGUAUGGCUGCUCAGCCAUGGAAACCCAUUUCAUGAAGCUCCCGAUGAACAGUUCUUGUGCUGAUGUUGCUUCCAGAGG